ACUGCCCCCACCCGCUGCAAAACCGCGUCCCAAAUAACAAUAAUCCCCACCCAAAAAGCAAUAUCGCAAUCACAUCCAUUUGGACACCCACACGGAGCAGAGCGCGUCUCCACCACACCCCGGUCUCCGUUUCCUCGCGUGCACGGAACGAUCAGCCACGCGCGAACCAAACAUCCCGUGGAGGAGCCAAGUGCGUCCCUGGCCGCGCGUCACCAAGCCAAACCAAAACACUCUCGGAGGAAGGAGGACGUGACGGUUUUUUCAUUUAGGGGCGUUCUGAACUCCGGUUUUCUUUAAAUGUAGCUGUCAUCCGUCCAGUGGUCACGCGCGGAUCCAGCGGUUCCCUGGUCGGUCGGAACGCGCGCAACUUGACACGAAGUGACAGCGACGUGGGCGCGCGGCUCGGAGCAUUAUUUGUACUCUACGAGGUGUGUGUUUUUCCCCCCCCCUCCUUCGGUGGCAUUAUUAAAUGGCAAGCUCAAGUUUGGUUGGCGAGAGUUCCACCACAACAACAACCAGUAGACUUUUAACGGGAUUGGACGGCAGCUACACCUCCUCUCCGCGAGCUCCUGCAUCUGUCGGACUCCGAAGUGCCCGGUGCUGUUCUGGUAGUCCCGGUAUCUGGAUCCGUUAAGAGUCCUGCUCGGGGCGCGUGGAGAGAGGCAGAUGAUUGGCCAUGGAGGUUUUCAACCAAGCCAAUGCCACGGAGGACGACCCCACCCUGUUCACGCCACCCGACGACGGCCCUAGUGACCUGCGUUACCAUGACUACGGCGCCAGCACAGGGGGCGUGGCCUCGCUGCUGCCCUCACUGGCUGAGUUUGACGGCGCCGGCUUCACCGGCAUGGAGGACAGCACCAAGAUACUGGGAGUACAGGUGGUGUUGAUCCUAGCCUACAGCACCAUCAUAGUGCUGGGGGUUCUGGGUAAUUCCCUGGUCAUCUACGUCAUCUACCGCUUCAAGACGCUACGCACCGUCACCAACUUCUUCAUCGCUAACCUGGCUGUCGCGGACCUGCUGGUGAACACACUGUGCCUCCCCUUCACCCUGGUCUACACCCUGCUGGGCGACUGGAAGUUCGGCAGCGCCCUCUGCUUCCUGCUGCCCUACGCCCAGGGCCUGGCCGUGCACGUCUCCACGGUGACGCUCAACGUCAUCGCCCUCGACCGACACAGGUGCAUUGUGUACCACCUGGAGACCAGGAUGCGUAAGGACGUGUGUUUCGGGGUGAUCGCUCUGACCUGGGUGCUCAGUGCCGUGCUGGCCUCCCCCCUCGCCAUCUUCAGAGAGUACGGGGCCUUCUCCCUGGAGCCCGGGCACACUAUACAGGUGUGCACAGAGAAGUGGCCGGGCAAGAGCACGGACGGUCGCGUCUACAGCAUCUCCAUGCUCAUCCUGCAGUACUUCCUGCCGCUGGCCAUCAUCUCCUUCGCCUACGCCCGCAUCUGGUCCAAGCUGCGCGCACACGUCAGCCCCGCCGACGCCGCCGCCGCCGCCGCCCCCGCCUCGUCCGGCGCCGCCAGCUCGGAGCGCCACCGGCGGCGCCGCAAGACCACCAAGAUGCUGGUGACCAUGGUGGUGGUGUUCGCCGUGAGCUGGCUGCCCUUCCACGCCUUCCAGCUGGCCACGGACAUCGACAGCAGCGUGCUGGACAUGCGGGACUUCCACCUGCUCUACACCGUCUUCCACGUGGUCGCCAUGUGCUCCACCUUCGCCAACCCGCUGCUCUACGGCUGGAUGAACCGCAACUACCGCUCCGCCUUCCUGGCCGUGUUCAAGUGUCGGCACGCCGGGGGGCGGGGCCGGGGGAGGGGCCGGGCGGGGAACGGGAGACUGGAUAGUGUUCAUCCCAUAGGAGGAGGGGCAGGAGGAGGAGGAGGAGGAGGAGGAGGAGGAGGAGGAACACUGAGGAAGGUUCCGGAAGCACAGGAGACGGCGUCGACGCACCUCAACGCCACCGAUCUGUGAUGGGGGAGAUGAGGGGGGGCUCGCGACUAAGGAGUAGGGGUGGUAGAAGAGAUGGAUAGAGGGAGAGAGAGAGAAUAAGAGGGAGACAAGACAAGGCUAGAGCGAGAGACAGAGAAGAGGUUAGACAAACACAGACUUAGAGCUUAGACUGAGAGAGAUUAGCUGAGCCACAGACGUAGACAUACAGAGACUAGCUUAGACACAGAAACUAUAGUAGACAGAGAGAGACCAGGUUAACAGACAGAGACUAGCUUAGACACAGAAACCUUAGUAGACAGAGAGAGACCAGGUUAACAGACAGAGACUAGCUUAGACACAGAAACCUUAGUAGACAGAGAGAGACCAGGUUAACAGACAGAGACUAGCUUAGACACAGAAACUAUAGUAGACAGAGAGAGACCAGGUUAACAGACAGAGACUAGCUUAGACACAGAAACCUUAGUAGACAGAGAGAGACCAGGUUAACAGACAGAGAUUAGCUUAGACACAGAAACCUUAGUAGACAGAGAGAGACCAGGUUAACAGACAGAGACUAGCUUAGACACAGAAACCUUAGUAGACAGAGAGGGACCAGGUUAACUGACAGAGACUAGCUUAGACACAGAAACUAUAGUAGACAGAGAGAGACCAGGUUAACAGACAGAGACUAGCUUAGACACAGAAACCUUAGUAGACAGAGAGGGACCAGGUUAACAGACAGAGACUAGCUUAGACACAGAAACCUUAGUAGACAGAGAGAGACCAGGUUAACAGACAGAGACUAGCUUAGACACAGAAACCUUAGUAGACAGAGAGAGACCAGGUUAACAGACAGAGACUAGCUUAGACACAGAAACCUUAGUAGACAGAGAGAGACCAGGUUAACAGACAGAGACUAGCUUAGACACAGAAACUAUAGUAGACAGAGAGAGACCAGGUUAACAGACAGAGACUAGCUUAGACACAGAAACCUUAGUAGACAGAGAGAGACCAGGUUAACAGACAGAGACUAGCUUAGACACAGAAACCUUAGUAGACAGAGAGAGACCAGGUUAACAGACAGAGACUAGCUUAGACACAGAAACCUUAGUAGACAGAGAGGGACCAGGUUAACUGACAGAGACUAGCUUAGACACAGAAACUAUAGUAGACAGAGAGAGACCAGGUUAACAGACAGAGACUAGCUUAGACACAGAAACCUUAGUAGACAGAGAGGGACCAGGUUAACAGACAGAGACUAGCUUAGACACAGAAGCUAUAGUAGACAGAGAGGGACCAGGUUAACAGACAGAGACUAGCUUAGACAGAGAGAGACUAUGCCAGACAGAGAGAGAAUAGGUUAGACAGAGAGAGAGACUAGGGUAGACAGAGAGAGAGAGACUAGGGUAGACAGAGAGAGAGACUAGGGUCGACAGAGAGAGGCUGGGUAGACAGAGAGAGAGGCUGGGUAGACAGAGAGAGAGACUGGGGUAGACAGAGAGAGAGACUGGGUUAGACAGAGAGAGACUAGGCUAGACAGAAUGAGAGACUAGAUGGUACAGAGAGAGACUAGAUGGGACAGAGAGAGACUAGAUGGGACAGAGAAACACAGAACAACAAAGACUGAAGCAAAAGAAAUGUGGAGCAACAGAAGCAGACAGAAACAAAGACACUGACAUAGUUAGACAGAGAGAUGUUUCAACCUUUUUUUUUUUUCUUAAAACACAUACUGGUCGUGAUAAGACAUUAGAGGAUUAUGACAUCACACGUGUCUCUGGACCCGCCCAGUGGCCAAUAGAGGCAUCCAUCAACCCGUUUCCAUGGCGACGGCAUCCCGCUAGGCCAAUGCAGACACCCCUGUGUUAUAUUUUUUGGUAAUAUCCAUGGGAAGAUAAAAAACGAUCACAAAUAAUGGAUCAGACUAUGUAGUGGGUGUCGUGUGACAGAAUAGAGACUGUUUACACAGCGAGGUUUGCAUUACGGAGCCUCUGAGCUUGGAAGAGAUGCUGGGAGGAAUGACAGGAGUCUGGAACAUUGGCGGGGCUCGGAAUACGUCUUGGAACCGAGAGAUAAGCGGGCCGUCUAUUCCUGCUUCCACCGAGUCACUCAUCCCUACGCCUUUCUUUUUUAAAAAUGAACUGUUUGGGUUCCCUGAUUGUGAGUGUGCGUGUGUGUAUGUUUGUGCGUGUGUGUGUGGGCGUGUGUGUGCGCGUUUCUGUGUGUGUCUGGGUGUAUGUGCGUGCGCGAUCGUGCGUCCUUGUUUAUCUCUGUCGGCGUAAACAUGUAUUUCGUCUAGUUUUGUGGCAAGAAUUGAAUUUGUGUUUUUGGAGUCAUUACUAUUCCACUAUUCCGGGACUAAUGAACAAAUCACGUCGGCAACAGCUUAAAUCACAUUCAUAUAAGUGAAUAUUAAAAAAAAAUAACGAUUUGAGUUCAGUUGUGCAGCAUGGGUGUCGAACAGCAUGAUUGAAAACCGCAUCGCAAAGGAGCCAAGGUGGCCAACAAGGUGGGAGGACAUGCAUGAAGCUUUGUGAAACCAUGUGACCAAAUAUUUUCUGUUUUGUCAUGUGACUGACAUGGGCUGUUUCAUUCUCAACCCGUACUAGAGAGAGAGAGAGAGAGAGAGAGAGAGAGAGAGAGAGAGAGAGAGAGAGAGAGAGAGAGAGAGAGAGAGAGAGAGAGAGGGGGAGAGAGAGAGAGAGAGAGAGAGAGAGAGCGCAAUAAGGGCAGGUGGGAUGGGUAGGGAGAGAGCGCUGGAGAGUAGGAGGCAGCGAUGACAGAUAGGAGUUAAAGUCCAUCAGGCUUAUUCCAUCUGUAAUUAGAAAAUGUCAGAAGAGAUGGUGAUGCACAGGGGAGGGAUAGAUAGACCAAGAUAUUGGGAGGGAGGGAGAAUGAUGGAGAGAGAAAGAGACCCGAAGACAGACAGCAGAUGAUGAGAUAAGGGUUUGGAUGAAGGGUGGGGAGGUGGGGGGGGUCUAGAAUUAUACAAAUAUGUCUCACUCUGUGACUAAGUAUAAGGGAGAUAUAGAGAUAGAGGGAUAGGGAAAGUAGGGGACAGGAAGGGAAGGGAGAGAAGAGAGUAAGAGAGAGAGAGAGAGAGUCGGGAGGGGAGGAAAAUCAACAGAGUCGGGAGAAAACCCGAAAUUGAAUGGCGUCGAAAGUGAAUGGAAAAGAGGAACAAGCUUCAAAGAACAGAGAGAGAGAGAGAGAGAGAGAGAGAGAGAGAGCAUAUGAACAUUCAAUAUUCAAAAUCCGACUGAUAAAGGUUUGCUGAAAGCGCUUGACCAA